AUGUCAGGGACCUGUGUAACGUGGAUUGGCCUGGGUAACAUUGGACGGGGCAUGAGCAGUAACAUUGCCAAAAAAGGCCCCCAGACCCAAUUGAUCCUGUAUAAUCGAACGAGCUCGCGAGCCGUCACCCACGCCGAGAACAUCGGCAGCAACAAUGUGACCGUCGCCCAGUCUCUCUCCGAGGCGGUCGCCGCCUCGGACCUAAUCUUCGCCUGCGUUGGCGACGACGCCGCUAUCGAGGCCAUUGCGGAAGAGAUCCUCUCUGAUAAGAAUGCUGAUCUGUCCGGUAAGACCUUUGUGGACUGCUCGACGGUGCACCCGGACACUUCGCGCCGUCUGGAAGCUUCUUUCACAGCCCGCGGAGCCGGCUUCGUCGCAUGUCCGGUCUUUGGAGCGCCUAUCAUGGCCGACGCCGGACAGAUGAUCGUCGUGCCGGCGGGUAAACAAGCCUCCAUCGCCAAAGCGACGCCCUUUUUCGAGGGCGUCACCGCCAAAGCGACCAUCGAUCUGUCCGACGGAAGCGGCACAGACGUUGAUGUCAGCCGUGCCUCGACCUUCAAAGUCCUCGGAAACUCCUUCAUUCUCAACACGGUCGGUGUCCUUGCCGAGUCGCUGACUGCCGCCGACGCAACUGGGCUAGGCACCGGGCCGUUCCGCCAGUGGUUGGAGUUAUUCAAUCCGGGGCCCUUUGUCAAGUACGCAGAUCGAAUGAUCAGUGGGGAUUAUUAUCAGCGGGAGGAACCGCUGUUCGCGGUGGAUUUGGCCCGCAAGGAUUUACGCCAUGCGGCGAGUUUGGCGAAGGAGGGGGGGCAGCGGAUGCGGAAUGGAGAGGUGAUGGAUGGGUUGUUGCAGGGAGUGAAGGCUGAGAAGGGGGAGAAGGGGGACAUUGCGGCUGUGUAUGGCGCGGCUAGGAAAGCCGCUGGUUUGAAGUUUGAGAAUAACUGA